CCGCCCCAAAAACCCAUCCAUCGCCAUGCUCAACCUCCAAGGAAAAGUCGCCCUGGUCAUCGGCCUCGGCCAAUCAGGCACAGACGGCUGGGGCAUCGGCGCCGCCUGCGCCGUGACCUUCGCCGCGCAAGGCGCCGCAAUCUUCGGCGGCAACCGCACCGUCGAGUCCACCACCAAAACCAAAACCACCAUCGAGCAAGCCGGCGGCGUAUGCGACGUCGUCGCGACAGACGCCACGUCAUCCGAGUCCGUCAAGGCCCUGGUGGACGCGUGCAUCGCGAAGCACGGCCGCAUCGAUAUCCUGCUCGCUAAUGUCGGCGGGUCGCAACCGGGUUGUGCGGCGAGCAUGGGCGAGGAGACGUGGGAUGCGCAGGUGGAGUUGAAUCUCAAGAGCGUGUACCUCGCGUGCCACCAUGUUCUUCCUGUGAUGGAGGCGCAGGAGAGAGGGGGGAGUAUUGUUUGUGUGUCGAGUAUUGCGGGCUUGCGGUAUAUUGGUAAGCCGCAAGUUGCAUAUAACACGACCAAGGCGGCUGUGAUGCAGUUUGUCAAGGCGACGGCUGUGGUGUAUGCGAAGCGAGGGGUGCGGUUGAAUACGGUUGUGCCUGGGUUGAUGGAGACGCCCUAUACAAGGCAGUUGGCGGAGAGGUUUACGCCCAAGGACGGCGGCGGCGGUGGCGGGUAUGAAGCGUUUAAGAGGAUGAGGGAUGAGCAGGUGCCGAUGGGAAGGAUGGGGGAUGCGUGGGAUGUUGCGAAUGCAGCGGCGUUUUUGGCGUCUGAUGAGGCGAGGUAUAUUACGGGGCAGAAGAUUGUUGUUGAUGGGGGGAUUACUUCUUCUACGGGACGUACUUAGAGUUGCAAUUCAUCAUAUUAUGUAUAAGUACUGUAACUCAAGGCCUGUCACGUAGGGUCGAGAAGUCAGGUUUUGCAACUGUAAGGACGAGUUCCGAGACUGAAGUCAGGAAUGGUUCUGCUCGUCAACCUCGACCACGGUAAACAUUUUACUUCAAAUGUCUGUAGGAACAAUAAUAGAAGC